AGGUUCAUGUGCUCAAAGUGUAAGAGGGCCUGGCCUUCGAAGAGAGUUCUGGUGGUGUUUCACAUGCGCCUGUUGGCAGUGGAGAACAAGGGGAUGGUUAAAGUGAAACGCUUCAGACAGAAGUGCAAGAAGUGUGUACCGAGCCAAAUGGAGGAGCCUCAUUUCAAGGCAGAGAACAUCGAGGUGCUGCUGGAGAAGCUUGUCGAGAAGAUCCUCGUCAAGUGCUACGAUAAGGACCCAGGCGAGAAGAAUAGCUCAUUCCAUUUUGAUGGGAGGAUUGAUGGACCCCAUGAGGCUGCCCAUUGUGAAGCCUGCCAACAUGGCAUCUGCAGACAGGUGACCACAAAAUAAACCAUAGAAGGAAAAAGCUAGAAAAAUCUGGGAAAUGUUUCAUUCCUAAAUGUAUAUGAGUUCAAGGAAUUACUUCUCAACAGAUGUACAAAUCAUAUCCCAUGUCAAGUGAGGACAUCAUCUUUAUGGUGCAGAGACAACUGGCAACAACUCCAGCUUGGCGAAUACAAUGCAAAUUCAUAAAAGCAAGGCAACAUUGCUUUAGAAAUCAAUUUGCAUCAAUUACAAAUAUUUCUGGGACUUUACACAGAUCUUAGUCUGCAAAAUGUGACAAAAUGUUUAUAAUAUUCAGUGUGUGUCUGUGUGUGUGUGUGUGUGUGUGUGUGUGUGUGUGUGUGUGUGUGUGUGUGUGUGUGUGUG